GGGAGUUUCCUGCAUCCCAGCAAGAGGGCUCUGCACUCUGAAACAGCAUCUGAACUCUGCUGCAGUUUUCUUUUUCUUUUGGAGCAAAACUAACUCAGAAGGACAGCAGUCCAUAAAACAGAAAUUUGGAUUUGUACGCCCAGGACUUGUAUUGUAUUAUUUGCGCAAGAUGGGCGAUUGGGGUUUCCUGGAGAAGUUACUGGACCAGGUGCAGGAGCAUUCAACGGUCAUCGGCAAGAUCUGGUUGACGGUCCUCUUUAUCUUCCGCAUCUUAAUCCUGGGCCUUGCCGGAGAGUCCGUGUGGGGGGACGAGCAAUCAGACUUUGUGUGCAACACCAAGCAGCCCGGCUGCACCAACAUCUGCUAUGACAAGGCCUUCCCCAUUUCUCAUGUCCGUUACUGGGUCCUGCAGUUUCUCUUUGUCAGCACACCCACCUUGGUCUACCUGGGGCACAUCAUCUACCUCUCCCGGCUUGAGGAGAAGCUGAAGGAGCGGGAGAGUGAGCUCCGGGCUCUGCAGUCCAAGGAUUACAGGGUGGCGGACACGCUGAUGGCGGUGGAAAAGAAGAUCGCCAAGAUCUGUGUGGCCGAGGAUGGGAGGAUUAAAAUCCGGGGGCCUCUGAUGUGGACCUAUGUCAUUAGCGUGGUCUUCAAGACCAUCUUUGAGGCUGGCUUUCUUCUAGGCCAGUGGUACCUGUAUGGUUUUGUAAUGAAGCCCCUCUUUGUGUGUGAAGGGAACCCGUGCCCACACCUGGUGGACUGCUUUAUGUCCCGCCCCACUGAAAAAACCAUCUUCAUCCUCUUCAUGCUGGUGGUGGGCUUGAUUUCCCUUGUCCUCAACCUUCUGGAGCUCUUCCACCUCUUCUGCAAGGGCCUGCUCCACCGUGCCAAGGAAGGGGACUGCUGUUCCCCCUCCUCUGCUCCCCCUCUGCCUUGCAAUGCCAACAGCUUCCCUAACAAGCUUUGUGAUGUGCCUGCUGGGCCUUAUCCAGACAAGGCCUUUUUCUACCUCCCGAUGGGCGAGAGGCCUUCCCCGCCCUACCAGGCGUACAACAAGCUUUCCAGCGAGCAGAACUGGGCUAACUUCAACACGGAAGAGACCUUGGCCUUGCGAGACAGGAAUAAGCCCCCGGACGUCUUUGACGCACAAGCCCCCAAAGCCCAUCUCUCUCAGGAAAGGCAGUCGAGUCGGUCUAGCAGCAGCGCUUCAAAAAAACAGUAUGUCUAGCAAGUGAGAUGAUCCCAACGCAAGGCAGAUGUUGCCUUCCCAUGAUGCCAGCUGUAGGUUUCAUCAAGCCUGGGCUCUAUUCACUGGCCUUCAUGGCAACGGAUGACUCCCUUCUAGCUUUUGAAGAGCACUGGUCUCAAAUGUUCUUCUCGGGCUGCCCCCCAUAUUAAACCUGCUGUACUAAGUCAGACUAUUAUGGCUUUUUUUUCCCCUAGACAUCGACUGAACUUUCAAGUUAGAGUCAGCCAUGGAAAAUGGGACCUCCUCUUCCCAGCUGAUGAAAUGGCUGGUUAAAGGGGCAUUUGAUCAUCAUUCAGGCGGGGCAUGUUACAUUUUGAUUCUUGGAAGAAGAAAACACGUGUUGGUCUCUUUUAUGUGUUAGAUCUUGCAGUGGGGGAUGGGUGUCAGCUGCCAGCUGAUGGGGAGAAGGAGAGGGGGCCUUCUGCCGGCUUGUUUCUGUGCCAGAAUAGACCUCGUUUUCCGCAAGACGAUUUGUACGCUAGAGGGGAAGACACGGAGGACAGUCUUUUUUUUUUUUCCUUCUCAAGUGAAAGAGACUACUGUUGUGGCUUCUAUUUACGGAUAGCCAUGUGAAGAUGUUGUGGGGCUAGGGUGGGGCAUUCGCACAUCAGGUUUUUUUUCUUUUCAGCUCCCUAGUUAACAGGAAGUCUGAGCAGUGCAGCAAAAUGGCAAUCCAUAGUUAUAAUGGGCUGUUGGACUGAACACAAGAGUCUUCUAAAAACAGAGUUUCUGUUUCAAGCAGGUGUUUUGAGGAAUAUCAGCUGCUGCUGAUGUAAGCUUAGUUGAGCAGGCAUCCUCACUGAAUGUAGAACUGAAUUGGGUUGGUGUGGCUUAACUACUUUUGAGUUUGCUCUUGCAUGUCUCCACUGGAAGUUGGCCCUGGAGCCUUUGUGCCAUACAGUGUGUGGGUAAUAAAUCACAAGUCUUCACCUUCACUGUACUACGUAUCUGGUUCCGUCUGAUGGUCACAGUCCAGGAACCUCCAACACUUGAUGUGAAAAGCGCUCUUGCUUUUGUACUUCAACUUGAUCUCUCUUUUUUUAAAUCAAAGACCAACAGCGAAGUACUUGCCUCUCUCCACUAGUCUACUCAGGUUUACCCCCUAUUCUUUUCUAUAGACCGGGUAUGGGGACCUUUAGCCUUCCAGAUCUUGCUGAAUUAUAGCGUUCAACAGCCCCAGACAGCAUGGCCAGUGGCCAGGGACAAUGGGAGUCAUAGUUCAGCAACAUCUGGGGGGCCAAAAGUUCCCCACACUUGCUAAUAGACCAAGCAAAACCAGCAAGAGCAAAUGUGGUGUUUUCCAGAAGUUGUGGACUACAGCUCCCAACAUCCCUGACUAUUAAUAGUGCUGUUUGAGGCUGAUGGGAGUUGUAGUCCCAACAACAUAUGGAGGGUGCUUCCAUAGCUGCUUUUGCUAAAGACAUCCUAUAAACACUUUUUUGCUUUGAUUGUUUAUUGAUUUAUCAGAACUUGCAGCCUGAUCACUUUCUGAAGCAUCAUUCAUCAGAAACAAGAUCGUAACGUACUGGGCUGUCAAGGAGCCUGUGUGUGUGUGUGGCUGUGAACCUUUGCCCAAUAAUUCCAGUGCAUAUACCCCACCCCCAUGAAUAUAUGGUAACAGUUGUCCCUGUUAGGUGUGGAGCUUCUCCCCUCUCUUGCCCCCCCACUACUUAAUACAGAACUAUGUUCUAUGUCAUAAAACACUGUUUACUAUAUGUUUUUUGAAGAUUUCAAAUUAUAUAUAUAUAUAUAUAUAUAUAUAUAUAUAUAAUCUUUGUGUAUAUUGACCAAUCUCUAUCCUGGAUUCUUCGUUUUGCAUUCUUGUUCUUUUAUGUUUAUUUAUUGCAGACGUAAGUCCUAUAUCCUGACAAGAAAAGCUAGAUCUGUUGCCCAGGCAGUAUGUUAAAGUUCAAAGUAGGAAUCUUGCCUGGAUUUGAUGGAAGAAACGUGAGAAAUGGCCUUGUUUCUUUCCUAGCAUGUUGAGCCUUCUUUGGGAAUGGGAGGGGGGGGGUCUCUGUCCAUUUCUGGAUUAAACCAAUCAAGGGAUUGUAUUGUUUUAAAAUGUGUAUCUGCAGCAACAACACUGGAAAACCUCUUGCACAAGAUGUUUUGACUUCUAUGAAAACAGAGUAGCUCCCUGUUAUGUAGCAUCCAACAUCCUCCACUGAGAGAAUGGGAAGAAAAUUCAUCUGGCAUCCUGGUUUCAUUUUUAUUUUUUUGCGGUCUCCAGUGUACUGUCCUUGGCAAAGCUGUGAAAAGGAGAGCCGUACAUCUAAAGCCUUCCUGCUUGUUUGAUGUCAACCAACAUGUUAAGGAGAUGUAAUUGCCCCCGUGGCCAGUUCGGCCGAAGUGAAUGAACAGCAAGGUGCGAGAAGAAAUUUUGGGGAUACAGUUAAUGGUAUUAAAACUGGUGUUUGUUUUUUAAAUAAAAAACUCCUAUGAGACAGU